AUGGCUGUGACCAUCGACAAUUCUGCUCCUGUAGCCAGCGAGAUCCGGGCCAAGCUGAACUACCACCUCGAUGGAGGCCCGGAAGUAUAUCAGCUCGGCACAGGGAGCGAUAUGUCCCGAAACGAGUACGACGUCGCUGACGUUCGGAUUAAAAACCUGCGCGGUCACGAAUCAGAAUUCACCUUGGACGAGCACGGCUUUCAACUUCUCCAGGACAUCGGACGGAUUGAGUCAAGUGAACCGUCUUACCUUCGAGAAAAGUUCUAUGCAACGAUUGUCCCCAAGAUUCUGGCUGCGUAGGUCAUCGGUAACUGCUGUUACCCGCCUUGCGGUACUAACGUAACGAAUAGGUCCGGUGCCUCGGAGGUGGUGGUGGCAUCGCACGUUAUACGACCAAACAGAGUAGUCAGACCACAGGAACAAGACACCAUGCCUAUUAAAUAUGCCCAACGGAUCCAUGUCGACUAUUCGUACGACGGUGCUCGGGUGAACUUUUUGGCCAAGUGUCCGCAGUUUGCGGAAAGGUUCGAGAACUCGCGCUGGGCGGUGAUAAACUGGUGGCAGCCAUUCCAGAACUCCGCCACGCGCAUGCCACUCGCCCUCUGUGACGCACGUAGCGUCGCCGACGAGGACUACCGCGAGAUCAUGACCAGCAGGGUUAUCCAGAAGUCAUUCCCCGGUUCUGCCCACAUGGCAGAACUCCCAGAUUUCGCAUCCUGGAAAGUUGUCAAGCCUCAAAAUCCAGAUGCACACAAAUGGUAUUUUGCCCCGGACAUGCAGCCGGAUGAGGCGCUGUUGAUCAAGAUUUUCGACACGAGCGAAGAUGGAGUCGUCCGAAGGACCCCCCAUUCGGCUUUCGAGUCUCCUCUGGACCAUGGCCCUGAGAGGACCAGUAUUGAGUUUCGAUGUGUGGCUUUCUGGGAUGAUGAGCCGGUGAACGGCUCCAAGCAUUGA